CUAACUCCUCUUUUACAAAAAUGCUAAUGUGCUAGCUACAGGUGGCAGCAUUCAAUAGUUUUAAUAAUGCUAAUACUGGCUAAGUUCAAAGAGAUUAGCUCCAAACUGAUUUAUCUGCUGAAGUGGAGCGUCUUAUCGUAGCUCGGAGCAUAACUAUGCUAACAUUAACUUCACAGCCACAUCAAAGCUAAUGCCGUCUUAGGUCAAAGUGUGUUCUCUGCCCAGUAUUGGCUAAUCCUGGCAGAAUGCUAACAUGCUAACACUGUACAGCUAUAUGACAAGUCAUGUCAUUGGAUUGUUAUGUUCACAUAUGAUCAUAUGGCACCAGCUAGUUAAGCUAAAGGGGGUGGAGCCUAAAUUUAUUUUUUGAGGCCAGCUGUUGAGAUUAGCAUGAUAUGACACAAUAGUGUUUCUGUGUGUGUGUGUGUGUGUGUGUGUGUGUGUUAGAGGGACAUUUCUUCCAUAUUUGGAUGGUUUUCCAACAGAUGAUCCCACAACAGCCUGGGCAUGGACACGUCGGUGACAGCAGACGUGCUGGUGACGCCUCAGCCUGAAGUGAUGGCGUCCACUUCCUCCUCUUCUCUGCAGGAUGAGGAGAACAUGGAAGGAGCCUCCUCCUCCUCCUCCUCCUCCUCCUCCUCCUGUGAUGUCUUUGAACCCAUCGUGGAGUUCAGUCGACGGCUGGAUGACAUCAUCAGCACUCAUGGUUCUGCGUCCGGUCUCCUGGACCAACAGUGUGGGCUGGAGGAGGGGCCAAAAGAUGACAUCACAGCUACGGUGGAGACAGAUGUUUCUGUCCUCACACACAGUCUGGACCAACUGUCUUCACCUGAGGAGAAGCUGGAAGUUCUGCUGAGGAAAUAUUCUCACCUGGCCGACCUGCGGUCCAGUGAGCAGCACCAGCUCCACCUCCUGCAGCAGAAGUUGUCCCGGCUGGAGGCCGAGCGCAGCAGCAGCGUAGCAGCUCGUUCUAAACUGGAGACUCUGUGCAAAGAGCUGCAGUCUCACCACAACACACUCAGGGAGGAGGCGCUGCAGCGGCGCAGUGAGGAUGAGGAGAAGAGGAACGAGAUCACAUCUCACUUCCAAGAGAUGCUGAAUGAGAUCCGAGCUCAGAUCGAGCAGCACAGCGCCCGCAACGACAAGCUGUGCCGCGAAAACGCCAACCUGACGGACAAACUGGAAAAUAUGAUGAGUCAGUGUGACCGGAGGGAAGAGAAUCUGGAGAAGAUCGACCGCCACCGGGAACUUCAGCACAAACUGACGGAGGCUAAGCUGCAGGAGGCUAAUGCUCUGUUAGCCGCUGCUGAGGACAAACACAAGAGGGAGAAGGAAUAUCUUCUCAGGGAGGCUAUUGAGAAAACAAAGAGCUGCUGCGCUAUGAAGGAGCAGGAGCUGACCAUGAAGAAGAAGUUGACUCUUUAUGCUCAGAAGUUCGAUGAGUUCCAGGAAACUUUGGCCAAAAGCAAUGAGAUCUACGUCAGAUUCAAGAAAGAGAUGGAGAACAUGUCGGACAAGAUGAAGAAGUUGGAGAAAGAGUCCAGUCUGUGGAAGACCAGGUUUGAGAACUGCAACAAGGCUCUGACCGACAUGAUCGAGGAGAGAACGGAGAAAGGUAAAGAGUACGAACUCUUUGUCCUGAAGAUCCAGAAGCUGGAGAAGCUUUGUCGAGUCCUGCAGGACGAGAGGACGGUCCUGUACGAGAAGAUCAAGGAAGUUCGCCACAGUAACUCAGAGCUGCCCUCGAACAUCCUCUCCAGCUGUGAGUCCGCAGACAACACCUCAGAGAAGCCCAACCUCCUGGGUUCUGCCGAGAUCCAGGAGCUGCAGGAGCUGCAGGAGAAGGACCCGGUCCUGACCCGGGACAUGGCUCGUCUGAAGGAGGAGCAGGCCAAGCUGCAGGAGUUUGCCACCGCCCUUUUGGCUGCACCGGUGGGCGACAAUGACCAAGAUGAGGACGAGCGCGUAGACGUGGAGGAGGACGUGGAGGAGGACGUGAUGGCGUCGGCGUUCAUCAACUUCAAAACCAAGGUUCAGGUCAAAGAAGAUGCAGCUCCUGUCAGCUCCUCCCUGGUGGAACUAAAGGUUCCAGGAAACUCCCAGGAGGCCCCUGAGUCUGAUCCAGGACCAGUCCACACUCCGACACAAGGACUGGUCCAAGACCACAAGGAAGACCUGGAGCAACCAGCACCACCUAGAACCCUGGAGAACCAUGAUGAGGACAAACCCAUGGUCCAGGCAGAUGGUGUGAAGCUGCCACAGCUGCAGAAGGAAGAAGAAGCAGCCAUGACAUCAGAGUCCACUGGACCUCCGUCUGAAGGCACCGGGGAAACAGUUCUGGACUCAAACCCAACUCUACAUGACUCCAAGAAACAACAACCAAAGAAGAAGAAGAAGAGGGUCAACAAGAACCUCAGCUAGAGACCGGUCCCUGUGUGUGUGUGUGUGUGUGUGUGUGACAGGAACCAUGUGCUGUUACACCAGGAAGUGUCAGGAACUGGGAACCUGUUGAUGUUUCCUAAAGGGGGCGCUCCCUGUGACACCAGAGGCUGUAACCUGAUUUCACACCCAGGAACACAGCGAUGACAGGACCUUAAAAAAACAAAAAAAACAAAACAGGUUUUAACAUAAAAACUUUAGCAAAGUAAAUAAAUAAUAAAGUCUUCUUUAAAUCCAA